AUGCAAGAUAUUCGUGUUAUUGUAGCCAUUGACUUUGGAACCACUUAUAGUGGUUUUGCAUACAGUCAUAUCGCUAACAAUGGUUCUUUCGAUGGCAUUUCAUUGCAAAGGCGAUGGCCCGGACGAAAGAAAAACAGCAUCAUAGUAAAAUAUAAAGCAGACACAUUGCUCCAAUAUGAUAAAGACUUGAACUUAAUCCAUUGGGGAUGCGGUGUGGUUGCAGAAAAAGGAAAUGCUAAAGGGAAAGCAGCUCAAGAAAAAGAAACAGUAGUCGCUAAAUUGUUCAAAUUACAUUUAGCAAACAUAAAUAAUCCUCCAUCAUUGCCAGAUGGACUUGAUUUUAGACAAGCUAUCACAGAAUAUCUUAUGAAAUUAAGAGAGGCAAUAAUCUUUCUUUUCUUGAAAAUAUUUUGUUGGCCUGGCUUAAAAUUUCCCGAGCAAUUUCGAAUAGUUCUCUCAGUGCCCGCUGAAUAUGGGCCAAUUGAGAGGAACGUGAUGAGACUAUGUGCAUACAAUGCGAGUCUAAUAGAAAGGGAAGGGUCGGCAAAUCUUGAAUUUACAACAGAAUCUGAAGCGGCAGCACUCUGGUGUAUGAAGCAUGCAGAUCAAUAUGAUCUACGAGAAGGAGAUUCUUACCUUGUUGCGGAUUGCGGCGGCGGAACCACCGAUCUGGCGAUUUUCUCGAUAACGAAUAAAGAUAAGCUCGACGAGAUGACUGAACGUUCCGGUGCACCUUACGGUGGAUCAUAUGUUGAUCAAAAAUUCGUAAAAGAAUUUGAAAAGCACGUAGGCAAAGACGUGAUAAGACGUCUGCACCAAAAAUAUUUUUCGCGUUACCUAUUUUUAAUGGAACAUUUUUGCCAUCACAUCAAAUUCGGCUUCACUGGCAUCGAAGAAGAGUUCGAAGACAUAGACAUCGACAUCGAUGUGGUCUGUCCGGCGAUAAAAAAAUUCGUCGAAAAAGAUAAGCUAGCAAAACUGGAAGAGGACGAAUGGAUCAUAACAUUCAAUUUUGAUGAUAUAAAACGAAUGUUUACUCCGUCGAUUAAUCGAAUUAUCGAGUUGAUCGAUAAUCAGAUUUACAAGUCGAGCAAGAAAUUAACUAUCAAGUAUAUCUUCUUGGUUGGCGGUUUUAGUGAGUCACCUUACUUGCAAAAGGUGGUUAAAGACCACUUCGAGAUAGUGGAUAAUCAAAAAGUUGUUGUUCCUUCUGAGCCACUUACUGCAGUAUUAAGAGGCGCAGCAUAUUAUGGUCUAAACAUGGGCGCAUUAAAAAUGCGUGUGUUAAAAAGGACUUACGGUCUAAGAUUAACUCGAAAGUGGGACGAACUAACAGAUCCGAAAACUUACUUGAAUGAAGACGGUACCAUAUACGAAUUCGACAAACUCGUUACACGUGGCGAAAAAAUUCCAGUCGAUCACCAGGUGACACGUGAAUAUGUAGUGCCAAUAUCAAAAUACAAGAGAUCUGGGAUAACUUUUCGUGUUUAUAUGUCAAAACUCGAAGAUCCAAAGUAUAUAUUCGAAGAAGAGGUAAUUCCGCUAGGAAAUGUUUCAAUUGUUAUCCCCGAUGAAGAUCUUGUGAAUGACAGAAGAGUCGAGUUUUCGUUGACCUUUGGGUCUUUUGAAAUCAAAGCCACAGCAAAAAAGCAGAACAAAAAAUAUGAGGCUUUUUUCACACUUGAUACGUGUGAUUUAUCUCACACGUAA